UCUGUGUUGAGCUGAGUGGAUGGAGGCAGGCAGCAACUAGCUAGUGAAAACACUCACAGUGACAGCGAUGAACCGACAAGGUUUUGGUGGGGCUCCAUCAUCCAUAAACUUCUCCACGGGGAUAACAGGAACAUCCAUCAAUGAAUGCCCACCCUCAGAUUUGACAGAGGAGGACUUAGACAGUUUACGGGUUGAACUUUCAAAGACAGAGGAUGAAAUUCAGACCUUGCGACAGGUGCUUUUGGCCAAAGAAAAAUAUGCAGCAGACAUCAGGAGGCAGCUGGGUAUGAGCCCUCUCAGUAACAUCAAACAGAACCUGUCCAAAGGCUGGCAAGAAGUACAAACCUCAGCCCCAUAUCUCACUGCCUCUGCCACAUUGGAGGACAUCAGCCACUCCACUGUAUAUGUAAGGACACGGGAGAGUCUCUCUCAGGCAGGCCAGGUGACUUCUUCUGCGCUGUCCACUAUGGGCGUGGUGAUCACCAGGAGACUGGCCGAGAUGAGAGCCUUGCCUCUUCCAAGCCCACCACGCACCCUGAGCCACACCGUAAGUGUACCGACUAUGAGACACUCUUCGACUUUCAAGUCUUUUGAGGACAUGGUUGGCAAUGUGAAGGAUAAGGUGGCUGGCAGUAUGACAAAUAAUGGAGAUACAUCUGGGUUUGAAAGAAGAUCAUCACGCCACAACACAUGAGAUAAAAUACUACAUUUAAUUAUGUUUCAUAUCUUGUAAAGUUAUGAAAGAAUGUUAUUUUCUCCCUUGUCAAUGUGAAUUUGUCCAAUGUUAUUUCUGACUGUUAAUUAAUACAGAAUGACAAAUAGAAUGUAUUAAAUUUGUAAUGCAAAUUCAUUUUAAUCUCAA